CAGCUGAUUCUGGAUUCGAAACUCGAGAGCACGAGAGGUUGUGAUUGCGUGACUGUAGCAUCGUGAUUGUUAGAUUGUGUAUCGUGAAUUCGUGACUGUAGUGACUGCUUAUGACGGAAUUGAUCAAUUGACUCGAAGUUCGUACUCGUACCUUCCUUUGGUUGAGAAAAAGUUUGAAAUACCUUGACUUUGCUCGAGUACCAGUUGGCAGUUGCUCGAGUAUUGAAGACUUAAUAUUUUCUUCAGUUUCUCAUUACAUUCAGUGAGUGAAAAAAUGAGUAAUACUCCAGAACACAGUUCAAGGAAAGAUAACAGAGGAAAACGGAGGAAAUUAUUUUCUGGGGAAGAAGGAACAGCAGCAGAAAGUCACUCUUCUAAUGAACAAAGGGCAGGGAGAUUGGAGCGUGCUUCUACCUCCAAAAGUGUUGAUGCUGUGGAAAUGAGAAAUUCUGUUGUCGAAGAAGAAAAUUGUUUCUACCAGAAUGCAGCACAGGCCUCUCCCACACAAUGCCCUAAAGCUGGAGACGUGACGCCUAAACAUAGUCUGCGUAUAAAAACACCGGUUAAGAACUCCGUCCCAGAGAUGAAAAAAGGAUUCGGAGAUUGGAGCAUAGAAGAACAAGAAAGACUCCUCUCCAUCUUUAAAAUCGGUUUUGAUGGAGAUUUCAAGAAAUUGGCGGACCAAUUUCCCAACCAAACUGUUGAUAGCGUACGCUAUCUAUUCACUCAAUUUGAAGACGACCGGGAGAAAGCUGCUUGGGAAAUUGUUUGGAACACAAAAAUUGAAGAACUGCGCCAGAUGAAAGGUGUUGACUACUCUGAAAAUGUGCCACUCCACUUCCAACUGCACUCUGGAACAUACCCAGCUCAAUCUCCAGUCGGAAGGGUCGACUAUGGAGCUAUUUACGCCAACAUAGCAGCAUUGAUGCGGGGUGAAAUAAUCGACAAUCUUGACCCAGUGACAAAGAUGCACUUUAUCGGGCUGUGGAAUGUGCACAAACAACGUAUCCUGGCUGGACCAGAAGUUCCCUUUCCGGAAUUCAAACCAAAAGAGGGAUCUGCUCUCGAAAGGAAGAUGGAGUUAACGGAACGAAGAUCUGAGAUAUGGGCUACUGACGAGUUGGCAGCAAAGGAAACUAUUCUUUCGGAAGACGUUCCUACUAUCGAAGAGUUUUACUUGUCGCAUGCGUCACUUAACCCUUCUAAUGGAUAAAUUUGAGCUUUAAUUAUUUAAAAAAAUUGAAAUUCGAUGUUACGUGUUUUGCUUGAAAUCGUUUCGGCUUAAACUGUGUUUUAAUAAAUUCAACCUGCCGUUGCAUACUAAUCAAU